CAACCGCCAACCCGUGCGCUGGCUGCAGAGGGAUAACGUGCAAAUGAAGCAAGGCAAGACACGAACAUAGCGAACAACGGUUGACCGCGUACAGACACCGAUGGUUUGAGGAGUUUGGCGUAUGCGUUACAUAUUUUGGCAUGUCACUGUGACUCGUUAUUAUUUGAAGAAUACAUAUCUUUAGGACUUCACCUUCAAGGCACAAUUACAUGAGCGUGUGAAGCGGGUGACUACACAUGGUCUUCUGUCUAACUACCCGAAGAUUUCCUCGAAGGUCUCUUUGAUAACAAUCACUGAGCAAAAUCCGCGUGAGAAGCAGACAGUCGCUCAGAGUUUGGGACCAGGGAGAUUCCGAAAUAGAGAGGGAACAUUCAUGUUAUUUCUCAGAUCGUUGGAGAACAGCUGUGUGAUGCUGUGGCUGCUGGUCCUUGUCCUGCCCGGGGUAGCAUGCAGUGCCCUGACCCAGAACCUUCUACAGCCAGACAAUGACCACAGAGACGGUGCUGUUGCCGUGACGACCCGGCCCCACAUCUACUACUGCCGCUCGCCCAACAUGGAGGUCUUCACCUGCUGGUGGCAUCCCCUUGACAACAACUCAGAGAGUGACGACAACAUCACCUACAGCCUCACCUACUCCUUAGAAAAGGGGCCGAGGCGUGAGUGUCCAGACUAUGUAACGGGCGGCCCCAACAGUUGUCACUUUGACAGCGGCCACACAUCCAUCUGGACCACAUACUGCAUGAACGUGAUGGCCAGGACCUCCCACGGAGUGUUCAGCUCCAAGGACCACUGUCUGGAAGUGGCUGAUAUAGUGGAGACAGAGGCUCCGGUUAACUUGACCUACACCCUGUUGAACGAGACGGAGGAGGAAGCUGGCCGCACCGCCAUGGUGUCCUGGGUUUACCCCAAUCCCUCCCACAUCCAGUACGGUUGGAUCAUCCUGGUCUUCGAGCUGCAGUACCGACGCAUCGCCGAGCCCAACAACUGGAAGGUGAAGGGCUUGCUGAGAAAGCCUUGUCUGGAGCUGCUGGAUCUGCCGGUAGGAGAGUACAUUGUCAGGGUGAGAUGCCGUUCCCGCAACAACGGCCUCUGGAGCAAGUGGAGCACCCCUGUCCUACUCUGUGUCCCAGUCAAAUCUACCCCCGGUGCUGUUGCCGUGACGACCCGGCCCCACAUCUACUACUGCCGCUCGCCCAACAUAGAGGUCUUCACCUGCUGGUGGCAUCCCCUUGACAACAACUCAGAGAGUGAUGACAACAUCACCUACAGCCUCACCUACUCCUUAGAAAAGGGCCCGAGGCGUGAGUGUCCAGACUAUGUAACGGGCGGCCCCAACAGUUGUCACUUUGACAGCGGCCACACAUCCAUCUGGACCAUAUACUGCAUGAACGUGAUGGCCAGGACCUCCCACGGAGUGUUCAGCUCCAAGGACCACUGUCUGGAAGUGGCUGAUAUAGUGGAGACAGAGGCUCCGGUUAACUUGACCUACACCCUGUUGAACGAGACGGAGGAGGAAGCUGGCCGCACCGCCAUGGUGUCCUGGGUUUACCCCAAUCCCUCCCACAUCCAGUACGGUUGGAUCACCCUGGUCUUCGAGCUGCAGUACCGACUCAUCGCCGAGCCCAACAACUGGAAGGUGAAGGGCUUGCUGAGAGAGCCUUGUCUGGAGCUGCUGGAUCUGCCGGUAGGAGAGUACAUUGUCAGGGUGAGAUGCCGUUCCCGCAACAACGGCCUCUGGAGCAAGUGGAGCACCCCUGUCCUACUCUGUGUCCCAGUCAAAUCUACCCCCGGUGCUGUUGCCGUGACGACCCGGCCCCACAUCUACUACUGCCGCUCGCCCAACAUGGAGGUCUUCACCUGCUGGUGGCAUCCCCUUGACAACAACUCAGAGAGUGACGACAACAUCACCUACAGCCUCACCUACUCCUUAGAAAAGGGGCCGAGGCGUGAGUGUCCAGACUAUGUAACGGGCGGCCCCAACAGUUGUCACUUUGACAGCGGCCACACAUCCAUCUGGACCACAUACUGCAUGAACGUGAUGGCCAGGACCUCCCACGGAGUGUUCAGCUCCAAGGACCACUGUCUGGACGUGGCUGAUAUAGUGGAGACAGAGGCUCCGGUUAACUUGACCUACACCCUGUUGAACGAGACGGAGGAGGAAGCUGGCCGCACCGCCAUGGUGUCCUGGGUUUACCCCAAUCCCUCCCACAUCCAGUACGGUUGGAUCACCCUGGUCUUCGAGCUGCAGUACCGACGCAUCACCGAGCCCAACAACUGGAAGGUGAAGGGCUUGCUGAGAGAGCCUUGUCUGGAGCUGCUGGAUCUGCCGGUAGGAGAGUACAUUGUCAGGGUGAGAUGCCGUUCCCAGAACAACGGCCUCUGGAGCAAGUGGAGCACCCCUGUCCUACUCUGUGUCCCAGUCAAAUCUACCCCCGGUGCUGUUGCCGUGACGACCCGGCCCCACAUCUACUACUGCCGCUCGCCCAACAUGGAGGUCUUCACCUGCUGGUGGCAUCCCCUUGACAACAACUCAGAGAGUGGCGACAACAUCACCUACAGCCUCACCUACUCCUUAGAAAAGGGCCCGAGGCGUGAGUGUCCAGACUAUGUAACGGGCGGCCCCAACAGUUGUCACUUUGACAGUGGCCACACAUCCAUCUGGACCAUAUACUGCAUGAACGUGAUGGCCAGGACCUCCCACGGAGUGUUCAGCUCCAAGGACCACUGUCUGGACGUGGCUGAUAUAGUGGAGACAGAGGCUCCGGUUAACUUGACCUACACCCUGUUGAACGAGACGGAGGAGGAAGCUGGCCGCACCGCCAUGGUGUCCUGGGUUUACCCCAAUCCCUCCCACAUCCAGUACGGUUGGAUCACCCUGGUCUUCGAGCUGCAGUACCGACGCAUCACCGAGCCCAACAACUGGAAGGUGAAGGGCUUGCUGAGAGAGCCUUGUCUGGAGCUGCUGGAUCUGCCGGUAGGAGAGUACAUUGUCAGGGUGAGAUGCCGUUCCCGCAACAACGGCCUCUGGAGCAAGUGGAGCACCCCUGUCCUACUCUGUGUCCCAGUCAAAUCUACCCCCGAUAAGCUGCUGGCUCUGCUUUUGGUGACCGGUGUUGGGGUCAUGUUGUUGCUAGUCAUCGGCUUUGGAAUUAUCCUACAGGGCAAGAGGAUAAAAACAUUCCUUCUGCCUCCAAUUCCCAAACCACGCAUCAGAGGCAUCAAUCCCCUGCUUCUGAAGAAAGGGGGCUUUGAUGAGAUCAACCGUCAUUUCAUCUCCUUCCAUGGCUAUAAGCCCCCAAGCUACAGCGAGGAGGAGGUCUGGGACUCUGUCAGCAUGGACAACAACCAGUCUCUCCAGGCUCCCCUGGGGAUCCUAGCAGUCCGGAAGGAGGAUUAUGAUAUGGCCAUCCACAGCCAACUACUGGUCCAGACCACCUCCAGCCACGCCCCUUAUACCCCAGUCCCCGCCUCUUACACCCCAGUCCCCGCCCCUUACUGUCAGGCUCCAGUGGAAGCCUUCCCGACCCCGUGGGAAUGGCCAACAGCAAACCCCGACCAGUCAGAGCUUCUGGUCUUCCCGGGCACUGACUACAGCAUGAUGGUGGAUCCCACCCCUGUCCCGCCUCCGGACCAGCAGGCCCCACCCCCAUCAUCCACCCAGGGCUUCUACACGUGCGUGAACAUGCUGGGUGACAACGGACAAGUGCAUCUGGUGCCCUGCCUGCCCAACCACCUGAAACACAGCCCCUAUGUACAGCUGGAGGAGGAGCUAGAGGAAGGAGGGCUGGAGAAGAGCAGCCAGUUAGAUGACUACCUGGCUAAGAAGAUGGAGGCAGUAGCCAACAGGAGUGCUCCGGGAGAGACAGUGGUAGAGACAGAGGUGGAGACAGAGAGUGUGGAGCAGAGUGAAGUGGCUGUGCCUUUACUGCCUGGAACCACUGGCACACAGGGCAACAUGGUGUGACCAGUUAGCACACAUACUCACUCACACACACACACACACACACACACACACACACACACACACACACACACACACACACACACACACACACACACACACACACACAGCAACAGGAAUUACUCCAGGCUAAAAUGAGGAUGUUAACUCAUGGAUGGACCUUUUUAUAUACCUCCUUAAUAUACUAACAUAAUGAUGUGUUUUUGUGAGUGCACCGGCCUGGGACAUGAGUCCUUUGUGUCUACCCCCCCCCCCCCCCCCCCCUCCCUUGCCUGCCAAAUGACAGUGACACUGCUGGACAGACACUGCUGCCACCUCUAUCCACUGCUGAUAUGGCAGGGACCAUGUUCUGACUACAUUCUCUCUGCGGGGAAUCAGAGAUGCAGCAUUUGACUGUGAGGUUUUCUUUCAGAGCAGAACCGAGGUCGGGAUACAAGAUGGAUUCCUUUUGACGCAGAAAAUCUGACAAGAUGAAAAAAAAAAAAAAACUUGCAAAGUGUCUUGAACAAUAACAAUAGAUUCUCUGUAGAACUACAACUGUUGUUGUGUGGACUGAGUCACUGAAAGGUCAAUAUACUCACCUGUUCUUCGGUCCAAUCUUGUUAGAUAAUAAUGCCUGCGAACUCUCUUGUUGUUGGAUGUAGAAUUAAUGACCAACCACUCUGUGAAAGACGCUUCGAUUUUUAACAGUCAGGUUUUAGGGCUCUGUGAACUCAUUUAAUUGGAUUUAGGUGAAAAGUUUGACGAAUGCAAGAAUAGCAGUUGUACUUCACUGAGACCAGUCAUAGCCGUUCUGAGGCCCUGGCAGAAGUUAGCCUGCAUUUAGAGAACAGUGGAGCACACCAAAGAUCUGAACACCCAGACCAAGAGAGCAGUACACUUAUUCAAAUAUAAAUGUAUUUUUAGAGAGAAAUGAUUGUAAUUAUUAGAAUGAAUGAAUUACAGAGGAAAUACGUUAAUAUAUCAAAUGCACUAUUGACGAGAAAUAUAACGAGGCAAUGUUAUAAUAAUAAUAAUGAUAACAGUAAAGUACACUUAGAAAGUGAACUGUCUGGGUUCAAUCUAUGAACUAAAUCCCAGAUUUAACUGUAUGCUUCAUACUCAGGAACACAACCAAGCAUACAGUAGGAAGUCAACCCAGUAAAGGUGCAGUCUACUUUCAGUCCCGUGUGACGGCACAACCAAGCAUACACUCAAAACUUGUUUUCCUUUUCUUGAAUUUUUGGUCAGAAAUGAAACUACAGAUUGCACUGUAUUCAAAACAAGUGAUGGUCAUUUUUGGUAAAAUUUAUAAUUUUCGGUCUGUAAAACAGCCUUCACUAUGCAGUGCUACAUGUGCUCUGACUAUUAACUACAUGCUGGAUUUGAAAGCACUUAUUUACCAGAACAUAACACAUGCAGCUCGCUCAGGGGAGAAGAGAGAGGGGGCUAAAGAAAAGAGCACUGUGAUCAUUUGAUUGAUUUUUACAUAGAAAAUGAGGCGACCAGACGAGUAGGGAGAAAACACAUCUUCUGAAGUGGACAAACAAUGGUUAAAGCGUCUAAUGUUAUGUACAGGAACAAGACAUUUUCACCACACCCACAUACUUGAGUAGAUGUGUUUUUCACAGUGAUUUCUUCAUAAAAUCUUUGACAAGCUUUCCUGGUGAAUAGGAGGGCAUGUGUGCUAUUUAGACAAUGGAGGCUUUUAUAAUGACAAAAGUAAGACGCUCCCAGAUGCUAGGAAGAUAACCUUGAAGGUGUGUGGAUGGCAGUCUAAUAUUUUCAGAGGAUUUUUACACUAAAUAUAUGCAUUGUUUUCUGAAAGAAACAUGGAGAAACAAAUAAUAUGCAUCACCUGUGAAAUAAACCACUCUCAGAGCA